GCUCGUCGACUCACUCAUCAUCAAAGAACACACAGUCAGUCACAGGCGGGUAGGCAAGGAAAAGAUAUAGCAUGUCCAACUUGUCGGAUGACACGCUUCGAAGGAUCCUACAACAGAUAGAAGGACAAGCCGUCUCUGCUACUCGAUCUCUCUCCGUCGUUCGAGCUCAGAUUCAAAGUCGGGAACGCGAGCGAAAGAUCUUGACGUUGACUCAGAGAGAACUGGCUGAUGUCCCGGGGGAGUGUAAGAUGUACAAGGGAGUGGGGAAGAUGUUCGUUCUGCAAUCUCGUAAAGACGUCGACGGUACUCUGUCAGCACAAGAAAAGACAGUCAGUGAGGACUUGACAAACCUAGCGAAGAAGAGCAAAUACCUCCAGAAACAAGCGGACGAGGCAAACGCUCAGUUGAAUGAUAUAUUCCGAAGCCAACUCAGGGCUCAGGAACAGCAGUCAUAGGACUUAUCCAGUAUUCGGGCGGCGGACAGAAGGCGUGUGUACUUUUACUGUAUCAUAGAUCAAUCUACCCCUCAUGAUCAUUUUCAUGAAGUAUUCAUUAGAGCAGAGCGCGCCUCGUAUCGGUCGACACCGCAGCUCGGAACGAGACUAGAUGCUCACGGCAGACGGAC